AGCAGAGCCAUACGUCAUCAAACGCUGACGGAAGUGGAUGCUCUUAAAAGAGGACGCUCCAGAUAUAGCGACCUGCGACAAGAUGAUCAUGGCUGUUAAACAGCUGCACAGAAAUUCAGCUCUCGCUGUUAAACUAAUCAGGUCCGGGUUUUUCAGGACCAGCAAUCGUCUCUUCUUGACCGAUACAUCGGUCCCGAGCCGGCUCCACCGUCCACACUCCUUCUCUACCGUUCCGUUGAGUACAGCGAUGACAGCAGGCUGCAGGCUUACUGCCACGCGAUACCGAUGGACACGGGUCGGAGUCUUUUUCCGUUGCCAAACCGAUUUCCUCACGCACACUUCUCCACUCUAUGUGCUUCAGGACAGGAUGUUUGGGAACCGGGUAGGUGGCGCGGGUUUCUCGGGGGAGGACGGCGGGGACAGUGCAGGCUCCGGUGGAGAAGAGUCCAGCGGGGAUGGAGGAGUGCCAUAUGGACCCCAGAUGACGGCCCUUACCCCCAUGAUAGUCCCGGAGGAGUUUCCUAAUGUACCGCUGAUCGCUGUGAGCAGGAACCCAGUGUUCCCCCGCUUCAUCAAGAUCAUAGAGGUAAAGAACAAGGGGCUAAUGGAGCUGUUGAGGAGGAAGGUUCGUCUUGCUCAGCCGUAUGCUGGAGUCUUCCUGAAGAAAGAUGAUCUUGAUGAGUCGGAUGUGGUGGAGUCUUUAGACGCCAUCUAUUCUACCGGGACCUUCGUUCAAAUUCAUGAGAUGCAGGACCUGGGUGACAAGCUGAGGAUGAUCGUCAUGGGACACCGCAGAAUCCGCAUCACAAGGAAGCUGGAGAUUGAACCUGAUGAGGCUUCAACGUCCCCAGUGUGGUUAGAGUCAGAGUCAGAGUUGCAAGCAAAAGCUCCAUCGAGACGCAAAGCUAAACGCAGCCGCAAAUCCCAAUCAGCUUCUCUGAUGGAGCAGAGUGAGGACAAGAUUUCAGAAGCAGACCUGAGUCCAGAACUUCAGCCUCUGCCAUCCUCCAACGUCCUGAUGGUAGAAGUGCACAAUAUUCAACAUGAACAGUUCACGGUCACCGAGGAGGUCAAGGCACUGACAGCAGAGAUAGUCAAGACCAUCAGGGACAUCAUUGCCCUUAACCCACUCUACAGAGAAUCGGUCCUCCAGAUGAUGCAGGCAGGGCAAAGAGUUGUUGAUAAUCCCAUCUACCUCAGCGACAUGGGAGCAGCUCUGACAGGAGCAGAGUCACAUGAGCUACAAGACGUCCUGGAAGAGAUCAAUAUCCCAAAGCGUCUCUACAAGGCUCUGUCUCUGCUGAAGAAGGAGUAUGAACUGAGUAAACUGCAGCAGCGACUAGGCCGAGAGGUGGAGGAGAAGAUCAAACAGACCCACAGAAAGUACCUGCUACAGGAGCAGCUCAAGAUCAUAAAGAAGGAACUUGGUCUGGAAAAAGAAGACAAAGACGCUAUUGAGGAAAAGUUUAGGGAGAGACUCAAAGAGAGGACUGUCCCACAACACAUAAUGGACGUCAUCAAUGAAGAACUCAACAAACUGGGACUUUUGGACAACCACUCCUCAGAGUUCAAUGUAACCCGUAACUACCUGGACUGGCUGACCAGCAUGCCCUGGGGUACCAACAGCGAAGAGAAUGUUUCCCUGGAAAGAGCCAAAGAGGUUCUAGAAGAAGAUCAUUACGGAAUGGAUGAUGUAAAGAAGCGCAUAUUGGAAUUCAUAGCAGUUAGCCAGCUGCGUGGCUCUACACAGGGGAAGAUCCUGUGUUUCUAUGGCCCUCCAGGUGUAGGAAAGACCUCCAUUGCCCGCUCCAUAGCCAGAGCACUCAACAGACAGUACUACAGGUUCAGCGUGGGAGGCAUGACCGAUGUGGCUGAGAUCAAAGGACACAGGAGAACAUAUGUUGGAGCAAUGCCAGGGAAGAUUAUCCAAUGCCUGAAGAAAACCAGGACAGAGAACCCUCUGGUGCUAAUAGAUGAGGUGGAUAAGAUGGGUCGUGGUUAUCAGGGCGAUCCAUCUUCCGCUCUCCUUGAACUUCUGGACCCUGAACAGAACGCAAACUUCCUGGACCACUACCUAGAUGUUCCUGUAGAUCUGUCAAAGGUUUUGUUUAUUUGCACGGCCAAUGUGAUUGACACCAUCCCUGAGCCCCUCCGAGACCGGAUGGAGAUGAUCAACGUGUCUGGAUAUGUUGCCCAGGAGAAAAUGGCUAUUGCUGAGCGUUACCUGGUCCCUCAGCUCCGUUCUCUCUGUGGUUUGACUGAGGAGACGGCCUCAAUCUCCUCUGAUGCCCUCAGUCUGCUUAUCAGGCAGUACUGCAGGGAAUCAGGAGUCAGAAACUUGCAGAAACAGGUUGAAAAGGUUUUCCGUAAGGUGGCAUUCUCUAUUGUCAGUGGUGAACAAAGCACAGUGACAGUUACCCCUGACAACCUGCAAGUUUAUGUGGGUACACCUAUUUUCACAAUUGAUCGAAUGUAUGAUGUCACCCCACCAGGAGUUGUUAUGGGGCUAGCAUGGACUUCUCUUGGCGGGUCAACAUUGUUUAUCGAGACAUCGCUACGCCGCCCUUCUGGAGGAGUGGACUCCAAAGGAGAGGGGUCACUGGAUGUUACAGGUCAGCUGGGUGAUGUAAUGAAAGAAAGUGCAAAGAUCGCAUCAACCUUUGCCAGAGCCUUUCUGAUGACCCAGGAACCAGAAAAUCACUUCCUGGUCAACUCUCACCUGCACCUGCAUGUCCCUGAGGGUGCAACUCCCAAGGAUGGACCAAGCGCUGGCUGCACCAUUGUCACUGCACUGUUAUCCCUGGCAACUAACCGUCCGGUGCGUCAGAACGUAGCCAUGACUGGUGAAGUGUCACUGACUGGCAAAAUACUGCCAGUAGGUGGAAUUAAGGAGAAAACUAUCGCUGCCCGUCGUGCUGGUGUGACCUGCAUCAUCAUGCCAAAUGAGAAUAAGAAGGACUUCUCUGACCUGCCUGACUACAUCACUGAGGGCCUGGAGGUCCACUUUGUGGGUCACUACAGCCAAAUCUACCCCAUUGCUUUUCCACAGGACCAGUCUUAACCUGCUUUCAACAGCAGCACUAAAAUCACGGCAAGAUGGGCUUUGACUUAGUUUGUUGCUAGACAAGACUGCCAUCUAGUUUCUUUUUUUUUUUUGAUAUGCAGUUUGGAAAAACUAACUUUUUCAAAAUCAUCCAAUGGUACGGAUGACUUUAUGAAAGUUCACAGGACUAUCGCUUGGGACUAAAAGACAACAUCCCUGGACGGAUACCAUGCAGCCCACUGUGCCAAAGAUGUACAUGCACAGUAAAGUCAUGGUGAUGAUUAACGCUGGCUGAUCUUCAGAACAUUUCAUCUAUGGACUAUGAGUGAGGUGACAACCUUGUUGCCAAACAGCCUCUUUACUGAGAUUUCAGACGUGUACCAGACGGGAUUUUGAAAUCAAUUAAAUCAUAAAACCAA